AUGGAGGAUUAUUUGUUUGAUGUUAUGGAGUUUAUGAAGAAACCCUCGAUAACCGAAACAUUCGUCGACAUUUUGCUAUGCGCCGUUCCGAUUUGGCUCGCCGUCAUGAUAGGGUUAGUGAUCGGGUGGUCGUGGCGGCCGCGGUGGACGGGACUUCUCUUUAUCGGUCUUCGGAGCAAGUUUCGCUUCCUAUGGACGGUUCCGCCGGGAUUCGGUGCUCGUCGGUUAUGGUUAGCUUUUACCGCUCUCUCUGCUUUUUCUAUUUGUCGUAGUUAUUGGUCCAAUUUCAAAAACAAGGCCAAAGCACAAGAUCCGUCUUCGCAUUCCGAUAACGCAACUUCCAAUUCUUCCGACGGAAUCAAUCACGCUACUCGGUUGGGUGAUAAGGCAGAUGAAAGAGAGCAGAAUACAGUUACACAGGUUGAUUUGGAACAUCUUCUUCAUCUUCUUGAAGGGAAGGAUGGAGUGAUGGACUGGCAAAAUUUUAUGGAGAGGUCUACACCAAAUAUGCAAUACAAAGCUUGGCGUUAUGACUCUGAGACAGGUUCUACAGUUUACCGUAGUAGAACUGUGUUUGAAGAUGCAACUCCCGAGUUGGUGAGGGAUUUCUUCUGGGAUGAUGAUUUUCGUCCCAAAUGGGAUCCUAUGCUCGCGCACUGCAAAGUGCUGGAGGAAUGCCCUAAUGAUGGGACAUCGAUUGUUCACUGGAUUAAAAAGUUCCCCUUUUUCUGUAGUGAUCGGGAAUAUAUUAUUGCUCGAAGGAUUUGGCAAGCUGGAAACGCAUACUACUGUGUGACAAAGGGGGUGCCCUAUCCAAGUUUGCCAAAACGUGAUAAGCCCAGACGUGUAGAUCAAUACUUUUCUAGUUGGGUAAUCAAACCUGUGGAAUCUCGCAAAGGUGAUGGUCAGUUGUCUGCAUGCGAGGUUACCCUUUUGCAUCACGAAGACAUGGGAAUUCCAAAAGACGUUGCAAAGUUAGGAGUCCGCCAUGGAAUGUGGGGAGCUGUCAAGAAAUUGCACUCUGGUAUGAGAGCAUACCAGAAUGCUAGGAAAACAGAUGCUUCUUUGUCGAGAUGUGCAUUGAUGGCGAGUAAAACAACCAAGAUUUCUUUUGAUAGAAACUUGCAUUUGUCAAACGCUGUGUCUUUGGUGGAAGAGAGGGGGCAAGGCAUCAAUAACACCCCGCAAAAUGGUCCUGGCCUGGACUGGAAGUGGGUGGCCUUAGGUGGGGCUAUUGCUGUGGUUUUGGGUAUUCAAAGUGGUGCAGUAGGGCGAGCGUUGUUGUUGGGAGCAGGGCACAGAUUUGCUCGGAGAUGA